AUGCCCUUUUUGUUCCCGGCGACCUCUGAUACCCGGUGCCGAGGAUCUCGGGCCUACCACGCGGGAGGCCGACGGCUCACUCGAGACGGCAGCUUCGAGGCAACCCUUGAUUUAUUCGCCAAGCACAUAAUCGGUGCAUCCUCCGACGACACAAUGGGUCGGAAAAAUCCAAGGCUAAGUCAACUGGCAGGCAGAGAAGGCCAAGACAUCGGGCAAAUGCUCACCACGGCGCCGCGCACAAAAGACGCAGCGCCCCAGGGGCCUGCGGCCCAACACACUCUAAUGGAGGACUCCAUCCCAGACCUAGGGUCCCUGCUGUUGAAGGACAGUGACACUCCGUCCACAAAGGGGGACAUAUAUAACCUACACAUGCAGAAACUCUUCACAACAGAUAUUGCUGCAGUGAGAUACAGCAGGUGA